CAUGUUAACGAUAGUGGAAGUUGCAAUGAAAAAUAUCUUCGUUGUUAUCACACUAAAGUCAGAUAUUUUGUGUUUUAAACUGUUAAAGACCUAAAUGCAGAGUAAUACGGAGAGUUAAAAUGUUUUAUUCUUUCGUUUAAAUGUGAUUAAUGUGUGGAGGCUAAUGCAAAGCUAUCUAUUAUAAUAUAAGCAGUGAGUGCUUGCUAUUGAGUUACAUGUGCAUUUGAAAUGUACUUUGAUAGUUUAAAAUUUAACCUCAGUUCGUGUUAUCAACGCUAUAGAUGUCGAGCUGUGGAAUAAACGGUCAAGCCACAAUCCCGAACCCCUCUGUGUCCGCGUCCCCUUCCUCUACCACCGUCCACGAUCAUACACAACACAGCGCAGAGUAACAGCGGCGGUGCUGGAGACCAGUACGCGCGCGGAGAGAGAGAGAGAGGGCUACAUUACAAUAAUCAGAUGUAGUAUAUUGAUAUGUCUAAUCAUGGAUAUGUCUGACGAAUGCAGUAUUCCUCACACAAUAAUGUCAAUGAAUACCCCAUAGUAACCACUGUAUUUUCUAUCACACUAUUACAACUGCUUACACUUGAAACUUAUUCUCUUUAUUUUUCCUAUUUACUUCAACAAGUAUCAUGAUAAUGCUGAUUUGAAGGAGCACUCUAGUUCAAAAUUACUGUCCUUCAUAAGUUUCAGUUUCUCAGAAAUGAUUUGUGUGAUUUUUGACACUAUCGAUUUGAAAGAAAUGUAAACUUGAUAUGCCGUAGCCUCGCCCACGCAUUAAAAACACAUUUCUUUGAGCUCAGUUAAGUCUAAGACACAGAAGGACAACACUCCCUAAGCUGACAUGGAAACAGUUUGUAAGGCCCUCCUUACAAGCGCAGACAAAGAAGCUUGUAAAGCCAUCGUUAUAGGCGCAGGAGGUGCUGCGUCUCUGGUCCUGACUCCUGCUGCUCUGGCUGCCCUAGGUUUCUCUUCAACUGGAAUAGCAGCAGGCUCCAUUGCUGCCAAACUGAUGGCAUAUUUUGCCAUUGCUAAUGGAGGAGGAGUUGCAGCAGGAGGACUGGUGGCAUUCUUGCAGUCAGCUGGUGCAGCUGGUCUGUCAUGGUUUGCCAAUGGAGUUGUGGCUGGCGCUGGAGGAACAGUGGGAUGGCUGCUAUCAACCAUUUGUAACCAAACUGAAACCCACUAAUGAUUUACAGCAUGGAUAUGCAACAAAUGCACUCUUUACCUAAUGAAGACAACUACAAAUUAUGUUGUUUUGUACUGUGAUAGAGCUAAUAAACUUAAUAAAAUGUUGUAUUCACGCGUAUGCCACACUCAACUUAAAGCAUCAGUCGAGAAGCAAGAAUAAUACGGUUAUAAAAAGAACAUGAAAAAUCUAAAAGUGGUUGACACAGGACAGCUACUGGGCAUUAAGUAUUUCAAUAAACCAAAAAGUUGUUUUAUAAAUGUGGAAGCAGCCCAGGGUCAUUUUCAGGAUGUUUAUUAACUCUAAUGAAUCUUUGUUUUGACACCAUUUAACUGAAUCUAAAGACAAAAGAUGAUGCUUCUGAGCUCUUGAACACUUAUAUAUUAUACUGUCCAAUUCUAAACCAAAAUAAAAUGCAUUCAAAUAAAGCAA